UCAUCGUUCAUGCCACUUGGUUCAUUCGUUCGUUCAUGCGCUGAUUUCGUGUAUUUCGUCGGUUUUGUCGUUUCGUCUGUCUAGUGUGUGGCGCGUGUGUGCGUGUGUGUGCGCGUGUGUGUCUAGUGGCCUUAUGGGCGAGGGCUGGGCGACAUCUCUGCGCCGUUAUCGCCUUCAUUGUCGCAUCCUGCAGGCGUACGCCUGCUCCACUUGGUCCUUCAUCACCACGCGCAACGUACGCCCGCCUGCGCAACCCACCCCUUCACCGCCACCCGCCAGCAACUGGCCACAGCGGCCGCCACAGGGCCACAGCGCCGCAGCACCACAAUAUGGAUGUGAGUAGAGUGGAGUCGCAGCGAAUUGAAGCGGCGGCCUUGUUGUGAUUGCCGUCCAGGAAGAGUGAUUUCAGCGCCUGCACUAUGGGGAAGCUGCUGUCCAAGAUAUUCGGCAACAAGGAGAUGAGGAUACUGAUGCUGGGCUUGGACGCCGCCGGCAAGACAACCAUCCUCUAUAAGCUCAAACUGGGCCAAUCAGUGACGACUAUCCCAACUGUCGGGUUCAAUGUGGAGACCGUCACGUACAAGAACGUCAAGUUCAAUGUAUGGGACGUAGGAGGGCAGGACAAGAUCCGGCCGCUCUGGCGGCACUACUACACCGGCACGCAGGGCCUCAUUUUCGUGGUGGACUGCGCCGACCGUGAUCGCAUCGACGAGGCGCGCCAAGAACUGCAUCGUAUUAUCAAUGACCGCGAGAUGCGCGACGCCAUCAUACUCAUAUUCGCCAACAAGCAGGACCUGCCGGAGGCGAUGAAGCCGCAUGAGAUUCAGGAGAAGUUGGGCCUGACCCGCAUCCGCGACCGCAACUGGUACGUGCAACCGGCAUGCGCGACCACUGGCGACGGCCUCUACGAGGGACUCACGUGGCUGACAAGCAACCACAAGUUAUAGCAGCGUGAGGCGCGAUGUUUGUACAUAUAUUUGAACAUACGAUUAAUUAAUUAAUAUAUUAAUAACUAUAUGUAAUGUAAUGCGUAGUGCGGAUUCACGUAGGGACUCAACUCUUUUAUUUUUGUAUCUAAUUUGCGACCCCGGGGAUGCGACUUGCACCGUUUUGCUGUGUAUAUUUUUAAUACUGAUUUCUUGGAUACGUAUUGCAGACUUCAAUAUACAAAAUUAGCUAUAUCACACAUAA